GACGCCUGGGAGGCCGGCAGCCCGCAGACGCUGCGGAGGCAGGAAGGCCUUCUGCCCUGCAGCCCCAGGGGAGCCUGACCCCAGCCGCACUGCGCUUGGACUCUGUCCCCCGGCAUCAGAGGUUUCAGGCCUCGGUGUUGGGUCAGGGUGUCUAGUACUUUUUUUUUUUAGGAUUUAUUUUAUUUAUGCACACAAGAGCUGGGGUGCAGGCCAGAGAGGCAGGGGUGAGGGGAGUCACCAGAGACAGAGUGGGGAGCAGAACAGGCAGACUGACUGAAACACACUGCAGGGGGAGCAGCAGGGAGUCAGGUCUGCUGCUCCAUGCGGGCUGCUCCCUGGAUGCUGGGAAUCAAACUCCCGCUGCAGAGGCUGCGGACGCCUUCACAGUGCUGCGCUCAACCGCCUGCGCCACCGGGGAGGCCCUGUCCUGAUUUUUAAAGACCGAACAGCCAAAGGUUUUAUUCCCCGCAAGUUCUGUUCCUGCAUCGGCCUGCGCUCGUCCCUGGCUUCCUGCGCUGCUGGUGCCCGGAUGACAUGAGGAUGCGUCCUCCAGGGCUAACGCUGAGGCCGGGUGGCUUGGGAACUUCCCCUGCUUUUCGCUGCUUGUCAGCGACUGUUCCCCGGCCGGUGUCCCCACAGGACGACUGACCAGGAGCGGGCCCGCCGGGGGUGUGCGCUCCAUCCCGAGCAGCGUCCUCCUGCCGUCCCUCAGUCCCAGCCCCGUCCAGAACAAAACCCGGCUUGUUGCCAAAGGGGGUUCACCAGGGAAGGAGCCAGGGAGGCAGGUCUGGGAGCCAUCGUGGACGGCGAUGUCCCGAGGGACAGGGACAUUGUCUGGGUGUUUUUCUACAAAAUUGAUACAAAGGAUUUCAUUGUGUGAACUGGCAUGUUUGAUAAUUUGUUUUUAAAAGGUGUAUUUUUUUAUGCAUGCAAGAACUGCAGUGUAGUCCAGAUGUCCAAGGGGUUUAGAGGAUUCACCAGAGACAAGUGGGGAGCAGAAUAGGCAAUUCUGCGGAGGGGACCAGCAGGAGGGGUCUGCUGUGCCAUGUGGGUCAGGUCACUGAGGGGGGGAGUUGGGGGGGUGUCCAGCUCAGGCCUCAGUGGCUGCCCUUAGCUUGAUAGCUCUGAGACUAACCCCUGCACCACCAGGGAGGGCAAUCUUUGAUAACUUUAAUAAACAUCAGCAUUUACUUUUAUGGCUAAGUAGGAAAAACCUUGGUGAACGUGAAGGUCAGUUAUAACCAUUCCAGUCCGCGGAUGGACUUGCGGGUCCUUUCCUGCCCUGCGCAGGGCUGAUGAAGAAAGAAUUCUUUCUCUGUGUUCUGUGUUCCCCAGGUGACAUGAGGGGAGCUCCACGCGGGAGCAUCUGGGUCUAGCCGCAGCCCCCCCGGGCUUUCCCAGUCCCUGCCGCAUCCCCAGCUCUGCUCUCAGGGUCCGCGUCCCUCUGUGGUGGCAGCAGGCGAUGGCCGAGUCUCUCGGGCCAGUGUCAUUUGAGGACGUGGCCGUGAGCUUCACCUGGGAGGAGUGGCAGGCCCUGGACGAGGCCCAGAGGACCCUCUACAGGGACGUGAUGCUGGAGACCUACAGUCACCUCGUGUCUUUGGCAGGGCAUCGCGUUAGCAAAGCUGAGGUGACCAUCAGGCUGGAACAGCGAGCAGAGCCCUGGACCGUAGAUGCACCCCCAGGCAAGAGCCUCCCGGAUGUGCAUACUGUGGAUGCCCUUACAAAGAUACUCCAAGAAAACCAGGGCAGACAUUUGUGGCAAAUUCUACUCAAUAGGAAAACAUCAGUUAAGGAGAGAACUGACCUUGGAAGAACAUUUAAUAGUGUGACCCUGACUAUAAAUAAUGGAAGCUAUUCUGGAAUAACGUCUGAUGAUUUAUGUAAGAACACAGAUUACCCUGGUGAGCCUGUUAAAAUCCAUGCUCUAGAGAAAAGUAAGGGCCUACAUAUAACCAGAAAAUCUCUCCACUAUAUGGAACAUCCUUUUUUUCAUCAGAUGAUUCAAACUUUGCAGCUGCCUUUUGAUCUCAGUGGACUAGGGAAAGCUUUUAGCAAAGAAACAAUAUUCUUUACACAUCCAAUGCCCCUUACGGAAGAGUCUGCUUGUAGAUACAGUCAGUGUGAGGAAGCCUACGAUGCAGCCGCUUUCAUUGUUGAAGCUAGAACCCAAAUAGGGCGGGCUCGCUAUACAUGGGAUGAAAGGGGAAAACCUCUUUUUGAUAGGCACAUGCAUUUGAAUUUUCAUAGAGAUUUUCAAGUUAGGCAUCACGAAUGCUGUCAACAUGGGGAUUAUUUUAGCAGGAAAUUAGAUGUCACUCAGCCCCAGAGAGCUCCAUCAGGAGUGAAAACCUUUGAUAAUACAUGUGGUAAAACUUUACAUAAAAAAUCUGUUCUUACUAAGCAUCAAAAAAAAGAAACAGCGAAGCCUUAUGCAUGUUGCAAAACCACUGAGAAUUCAAAUAUCAAACGAUAUAGGAGAACGAUCACUGCAGAGAAAAUUGUUGAAUAUGAAAAAGAUGGGACUCUCUACCAGAAGUCAGCCCACCAUGUACACCAGAGAACUCACACAGGAGAGAAACCUCAUGAGUGUCAAGAGUGUGGGAAGACUUUCCAAAAGAGGUCAAACCUUACCGAACAUCAAAGAACUCACACAGGAGAGAAACCCUAUGAGUGUCAAGAAUGUAGGAAAACGUUUCCCCAGAUGUCAACCCUCACUAAACAUCGGAGAAUUCACACAGGAGAGAAACCCUUUGAAUGUCUGCAGUGUAGAAAAAUGUUCUCCCGGAAGUCAGACCUCACUGUGCAUCAGAGAACGCACACAGGAAUGAAACCCCAUGAAUGUCAAGAGUGUGGGAAGACUUUCUGCCAGAAAUCAUACCUUGUUAAACAUCAAAGAACUCAUAAAGGAGAGAAACCCUAUGAAUGCCGAGAGUGUGGAAAAGCUUUCUCCUGGAGGUCAGCUCUCACUACACAUCAGAGGACUCACACAGGAGAGAAACCUUAUGAAUGUCAAGACUGCAGGAAAGCUUUCCCCUGGAAGUCAAACCUCACUGAACACCAGAGAAUACACACAGGAGAGAAACCCUAUGAAUGUCAAGAGUGUAGAAAAACUUUCUCCUGGAAAUCCGCCCUCAGUAUACAUCAGAGAAUGCACACAGGAAUGAAACCCUAUGAGUGUCAAGAGUGUGGGAAGACUUUCCGCCAGAAGUCACACCUUACCGAACAUCAAAGAACUCACACAGGAGAGAAACCCUAUGAAUGUCAAGAGUGUAAGAAAACGUUUCCCCAGAUGUCAACCCUCACUAAACACCAGAAAAUUCACACAGGAGAGAAACCCUAUGAAUGUCUGCAGUGUAGAAAAAUGUUCUCCCGGAAGUCAGACCUCACUGUGCAUCAGAGAACGCACACAGGAAUGAAACCCUAUGAGUGUCAAGAGUGUGGGAAGACUUUCUGCAGAAAGUCAUACCUUACUGAACAUCAGAGAACUCAUAAAGGAGAGAAACCCUAUGAAUGUCAAGAGUGUGGGAAAGCUUUCUCCUGGAAGUCAGCCCUCACUACACAUCAGAGGACUCACACAGGGGAAAAACCCUAUGAAUGUCAGGAGUGUAGGAAAACAUUUUCCUCAAAAUGUAGCCUCACUGCACAUCAGAGAACUCACACAGGAGAAAAGCCCUAUGAAUGUCAAGACUGUAGGAAAGCUUUCCCCUCAAAAUCAUGGCUCACUGUACAUCAAAGAAUUCACACAGGAGAGAAACCCUACGAAUGUCAAGAGUGUGGGAAAAGUUUCCCCUCAAAAUCCAGGCUCACUGCACACCAGGGAACUCACACAGGACAGAGACCCUAUGAAUGUCAAGAGUGUAGGAAGACUUUCUGCAGAAAGUCACACCUUAAUGAACAUCAAAGAACUCACAAAGGAGAGAAACCCUAUGAAUGUCAAGAGUGUAGGAAAAUGUUCCCCCACAUGUCAACCCUCACUAAACAUCAGAGAAUUCACACAGGAAAAAACCAUAUGAAUGUCAAGAGUGUAGAAAGACUUUCUCCUGGAAGUCAUCCCUCACUAAACACCAGAGAAUCCACACAGGCGUGAAGCCGUAUGAAUGUCAAGAGUGUCGGAAAGCAUUCUCCUGGAAGU